CCCUGCGAUAGACCUGUUGGUGGCAGCAGGGGGGCCGCCGUCCACACAUGAAGAAGAGCGGCACAGCGCCCUCCUCAGGAAGUGGUCUUUGCACUAAGCUCUUGAUCCUAAGCAUCGCCAUAUUGACAUCCCCACAACGUUGAGAGGAGACAGAGCUUUGUGGUGGACCCCAGUGAUGACUGUAUUGACUCCUGUACCCCCUGAUUAGACUGCUUGGAUGAACCUUUUAACUCUCAGAUUUCUCACGAUUAAAGAAUCGCAGCCCCUGUUGACCCUUCCCUCAUCCUGGAGGUCCACUCCAAGGAGCUUUAGUGAAGAUCCUUCUAGAAUAUGUCUGGGCCUGUUCCUAGCCGCUCCCGAGUUUACCCGGACGUAAACACACAGAGACCCCGGGAAUACUGGGAUUAUGAGUCCCACGUGGUGGAAUGGGGGAACCAGGACGACUACCAGCUGGUCAGAAAACUGGGCCGAGGGAAAUAUAGUGAAGUGUUUGAGGCCAUUAACAUCACGAACAACGAGAAAGUAGUGGUGAAGAUUCUAAAGCCGGUUAAGAAAAAGAAAAUCAAGAGAGAAAUCAAGAUCCUGGAGAACUUAAGGGGUGGUCCCAACAUCAUCUCACUGUUAGAUAUCAUUAAGGAUCCCGUGUCCCGAACUCCUGCUUUGGUUUUUGAACAUGUCAACAACACAGACUUUAAGCAAUUGUAUCAAACCCUUUCCGACUUUGACAUACGGUUCUACAUGUACGAAAUCCUGAAGGCCCUGGAUUACUGCCACAGUAUGGGCAUCAUGCACAGAGAUGUGAAGCCACACAAUGUUAUGAUCGACCACGAACACAGAAAGCUGCGCCUCAUCGACUGGGGCCUGGCCGAGUUCUACCACCCCAACCAGGAGUACAACGUCAGGGUGGCGUCCCGGUACUUCAAGGGACCCGAGCUGCUCGUAGAUUACCAGAUGUACGACUACAGCCUGGACAUGUGGAGUUUGGGCUGCAUGCUGGCCAGUAUGAUCUUCAGGAAGGAACCCUUCUUCCACGGGCACGACAACUACGACCAGCUCGUGAGGAUCGCUAAAGUCUUGGGCACAGAGGACCUGUACGACUACAUCGACAAGUACAACAUAGAGCUGGACCCACGCUUCAACGACAUUCUGGGAAGACACUCCCGUAAGCGGUGGGAGCGGUUCGUCCACAGUGAGAACCAGCACCUGGUCAGCACCGAGGCGCUGGACUUCCUGGACAAGCUGCUGCGCUACGACCACCAGGCCAGGCUGACGGCCCGCGAGGCCAUGGACCACCCCUACUUCUACCCCAUCGUCAAAGACCAGGGGAGAGGAGCCACUCCAGGAGGCAUGGCCGCCGGGGCCACGCCCGUCAGCUCAUCCAGUAUGAUGGCAGGCAUGACCUCCAUGUCCUCCACGCAGCCCUUGGCCAACAUGGCGGGCUCGCCCGUCAUCUCCGCCCCCAACGCCCUGGCCGCGCAGGUCUCCGCGGUGACCGGGCCGCAGCCCUGAGCCACCCGGUGCCCCCCAGCCGUGUGCCCCCUCCCCUUUUUAUCAUUUUGAAAAUAACAAAGAGGAAAAAUUCAAAUGCUUUUCACGUUCAGUUUUUUUUUCCCUUUUUUUUUUUUGACAUCUGAACCUAACAAGUGUUUCGUUCCAUCGUCAGGAUUAUUAGCAUUAAUUUGGGUGUUAUUUCACAAUGCCAGUGUCUAGAAAUUCUAUUACGAUGUAGACAUGAAGAGAAUGGAUAAUAAAAUUUAUUUUGUAUGUUCCAAAUAUAAAGUGUUGCUUGAAACUGUUUGUCGGGGGAUCGUGCUGUGGUAAUACACUGUGAAACCUUUACACAACGUCACUCUGCCCCCCCCCCCCCCCCACGGGGGGGUCCCCGGCCCGCCCACGCGGCGCGGGGGGGGUCCACGCGGCCCUCCGUCACCCGGCGCCGCUCAGAUGCUAUCCUUCGUUAAUUGGACUUUUGUAGAUAUUCUACAGUUACUGUCAGGUUGCAUGCGCCCAGUGCACAGCUACACGGGGACAAUAGAUUGCCAAGUUUAUGUUACCUUCAGCUCUGUAUGUGUCCAUGUUUGUUUUCUAUGAAGUCUAACACAUGAUUUUGAUUACAUAGCAUUUUUUGUAACUUUGUUUUAUGUUGGGAGGAGUUUCGUCACUUGCAAAAAAAACAACUACAACUUCAGAAAUAAACAGUUUGAACAGGUGUAUGCGGGCACCACAUGUGAUUA